AUGAGCCCUCAGUCAACCGUGCAAUUUAAUGACCCUCCAGUGACCGACUACAAUUCAAUGGAUGUGGAUGAGUCAUUUGUGUCCCAGGUAUCACUAGAUGACUUAUACCUUGGGUCAGAUGAUGACAUAGAAUAUGAUUCUGUGUCAUCCGGACCACCGGAUGCGUUGGCUGCAAUACCCAAUCAAUCACCUCCGGCUCAGGCUGAUGAUUCUGGCUGUAUCAUUGAUCCAGACUUGUAG